GUACAGCUCUCCCGCCGUCAGGGCGCCUAUCUCUCUUGCACGGCGAGAUCCAGUCCAGUCCCGCUGGCUCUUCUGUCCUACACAUCUCGACGCGGUUUUCGGUCGUCGCCAUGUACAUGCGAUUUGUCUGACUCGGGGGGGGGGAAGAAAUUUGGGGGUGCCCGAUGGGGGAGCAAGGCCAGCAAACCUGCGACGUUGAGCGCGGCGGAGCUGGCUCUCCGGGACUCGCUGGUGACAGCAAACAAGGCACAGCAGCAGGCGGCCACACCGUCGGAAAGCAGUGGUAGUCGGUGGGGGAAUGGAAGGUCCAAAGCGCCGGCCUUGAGUGCUGCAGAGUUGACAAGUCGGGAAGCUCUUCUUUCCUCCUUGCGGCCCAGAGCAGACCACUCAAAGGGAACCAAUCAGAUACCGGCAAGGCUGCGAGCUUUGGACUGGACAUGUCCAGAUUGUCGGACCUCCUGCUUUGGCAAACACAGCCAUUGUCCCUCCUGCAAUCUUCUGAGGCCUGAGUUAGAACCUUCACAACUUCGCAAGAAAGUCACAGAGCCUUCCGAGCAGUCGCUCAGAAUUCGUCGGGUAAAGAGCGAGAAAACACCACGGCAGGACAACUACAACAAUCGAGAUAAGGAAUAUGGGCUACGACAAGAUAGAUUUGAUGGAAGAGGAAAAGGCCGUGAGCCAGCGAACGAACGGGUGGAUAAUGCUGCCGCUGCCGCCGCCGCCUCCGCCGCCGAUACCGCACGUGGCAAAAGUGCCACAGAGACUUGGUCAUGGGAUAUUUCGUCCCUGGACAAGUUGAAUCUUGAUGAAGACAAAUCUCGGUUGGAAUGGGAGGCGGAACGCAAAAAGGAUCGCAAGCCCCGUGGGCGGGAAAAUGACGAUGAGGAAUACGACCCUGAAGAGCGCAGGCAGCGCAAGCAAAAGCGGAAAGAUAAAGGCCAUCGUCAACCGGCAGAGUCAACACCAAAUCCUCUCUACCUCCCGGAGUUCAUUAGCGUGAGCAAUCUCGCAGACGUUAUCGGCGUGAGGCCCGCUCAGUUCAUAGAACGGAUGGAAGAAAUGGGAUUCGAGGGCGUGACCUACAGCCAUAUCCUGGAUGCAGAAACAGCCGGUCUAGUUGCAACAGAGUACAACUUUGAUCCUAUCUUCGACACAGCAGCAGAUGAUGAUCUCGUGGCGGCACCGGAGCCCGAGAACAAAGCCGAGCUACCAAGCAGACCCCCUGUCGUGACUAUCAUGGGACACGUCGAUCACGGCAAAACCACUAUUCUGGAUUGGCUUCGCAAAUCGUCUAUCGCCGCUUCCGAGCAUGGAGGCAUUACGCAGCAUAUCGGAGCCUUUACUGUGCCCAUGCCGUCUGGCAAGACCAUUACCUUCUUGGAUACCCCUGGCCAUGCAGCCUUCCUCGAGAUGCGCCGUCGUGGAGCCGAUGUGACAGAUAUUGUAGUGCUUGUGGUCGCGGCCGAUGACAGUGUCAAACCCCAGACCAUUGAAGCUAUCAAGCAUGCUACGGGGGCCAAAGUCCCCGUGAUUGUUGCCAUCAGCAAGAUCGACAAGGAAAAUGUCAAGCCAGAGCGGGUCAAGCAAGACCUGGCGGUCCAUGGGAUUCACGUCGAAGAUUAUGGUGGUGAUGUACAGGCUAUCCCGGUUAGCGGAAAGACUGGACAGGGCAUGUUGGAGCUCGAAGAGGCAAUCGUGGCUUUGUCGGAAAUGCUGGACCACCGCGCCGACACUGAGGGUAACGCGGAGGGAUGGGUAAUCGAGGCAAGUACUAAAUCAUAUGGCCGUACUGCCACCGUGCUCGUCCGACGGGGCACGAUGCGGGUGGGAGAUAUCAUUGUCGCCGGGACCACCUGGGCACGAAUCCGAACUCUGCGGAACGAAGCUGGCGUGUCCAUCGAAGAGGCCACACCAGGUAUGCCAGUUGAGAUCGAUGGCUGGAAAGACCAGCCAGAAGCGGGCACCGAGAUCAUCGAAGCCCCCACCGAACAGAGGGCCAAGGAUGUCGUUGACUACCGGCUGGAAAAGUCGGAGACGCAAAAAUUAGGCGAAGACAUGCUAGCAAUCAAUGAUGCACGUCGGGAGCUGAUGGAGAAACGCCGGCAGGAGGAAGAGAAAGACGACGAGACACCCAAGGCUGCCGAAGAGCAGGCUUCUGGCCCCAAACCGAUCCAUUUCAUCAUCAAGGCCGACGUGGGCGGCUCCGCCGAGGCGGUGCUGAACUCGGUGACCGCGGUAGGCAACAAUGAAGUGUUUGCCAACAUCCUUCGGACUGGCGUCGGGCCUGUCAGCGAGUUCGACAUUGAGCAUGCCGCAUCGGCCAACGGUCAUGUCAUCAACUUUAACAUGCCCGUUGAUACAGCGAUGCGGCGCAUGGCGGAGACGCGCGGCCUGCGGAUUUUGGACCAUAACAUCAUCUACAAGUUGGUCGACGACGUCAAGGAGACGCUCAGCGAACACCUGGCGCCGAACGUGACGCAACGUGUGACUGGCGAGGCAGAAGUUGGUCAGAUUUUCGAGAUCACCCUCAAGCGGAGGGAGAAGACGCUCAUCGCAGGAUGCAAGGUCCGCAACGGAACCAUCCAGAAGGCGAAGAAAGUGCGGGUCAUCAGAGGCGAGAAAACGAUCUAUGAUGGCUCGAUUACUUCCCUCAAGAACGUCAAAAAGGACGUCACGGAAAUGCGCAAAGACACCGAGUGCGGCAUUUCCUUUGAAGGCUUCACUGAUUUUGCCGUGGGCGAUCACAUCCAGUGCUACGAGGAGAUUUUUGAAAAGCGAACCCUCUAG